AUGCGCUGCACUAAGAAGGAUGACAACAAGGCCAUGAAGGCUGGUGGCCGCAAGCUGAAGCGCUCGCGGUCAGGAUUGGACAAGCUUAAGAAGGCCACAAAGAAGGCCAUGUCUGCGGAAGCAGACUGGACUUAUGAGGGCGAGGAGUAUGAGCACUGGGAAGAGGAUUGGGAGGAUUGGGAAGGGGAUUGGACGGAAGGCUCUUGGGGCCAGGGUCAGGCUGCAUGGGAUCAGGCCCCGGAGGAGGUUCCCAAGCGUGGGCGCAAGGCCAAGGGAGCUGUGCCAUCCGGCGAGGAUGGUGGGCAGGGCAAAAAGGGCCCUCGACGGCACAGCACCAAAGGCCCCGAAACGGAUCCCGAGGACAACCAGGGUGAGAAGCCCAAAGGGAAGCCAAAAGGCAAAGCAAAGGCGAAGGCAGCCCCCAAGGCAACCCCGAAGGGAAAAGCAAAGGCGAAAGCAAAGGCUAAGAGGGCCCCCAAGGCCGCCCCCAAGGCCAAAGGCAAGGCAGCCAAGAAGCAAGCCCAGGAGGAUGAGGAGGCAGUGGGGAAAGUUCUUGAGUGGGCUGCGCAGAUUGAUUUGAUGGCAGAUGAUUACAAGGAUACCUUGAAGCAGCUCCUCCCAAGCUAUUCCACCCCCUUGCGCCUGAACGUGUAUUGGACAAAGAGCUCUUGCGGGCUUUCCCUCCGGUAUGUGGAUGAAGAUGACAAGCGCCAGAGCCGUGAUGUGGGCCAUUUCUACUACGAGAAGGGUGUGCAAGGCAUGGUCAUCGCGGGCUGGGAGCUGGAGGAGAAGGAGAUCGUGCAUCCUGACACGGAGGAGCACGAUGUGGAUGCGAUCAAGCAGAGGUGGAAGGACAUCGGUGCCCAGGCGAUGGAGCGCUUUGCAGCGACAGAUGUCUGA